CACAUCUAGAAGGAGAUGAAGGCUAUUGUUCACACAUGUGCCUUUGAGACAUGAAAGCAAAAAAGAAGCCUGAAACCUUAUAUAACAGAUAAGAUUUUAAGAAUACUGUCAACCCCUCCUAGCCCUUUGCCAAGUUAAGUUAAAAACAUUUUUACAAUGUUUAUUCAGCUAUUGACCUCAUUGUUUCUCCUCACUCUCCCGUUUUUCUUCUUAAUCAUCUCCAAAUCCAAGAAACCAUCGACACCCCCGUCUCCCUCCAUUUUUCCCAAGUCUUAUCCGAUAAUCGGUUCCUAUUUAGCCGUCAAAUCCAAUCGAAGCAAUCGCAUGCAAUGGAUGACUCAAAUCCUCCAGACCUCUCCCUCUGCAACUUUCACUCUCCACCACUUGUUUGGUCAUCGCCAGAUCCUGACUGCAAACCCUGCCAACGUCCAGCACAUGCUCAAGACCCACUUCAACAACUACCAAAAAGGCCCUUUCUCCAUAAGUGUUCUCUUCGAUUUUCUUGGCAACGGCAUCUUCAACGUCGAUGGGGAGUCCUGGAAGUUCCAGAGACAAGUUUCUAGCCACGAGUUCAACACCAAAUCUCUUCGUAAGUUUGUCCAAACUGUUGUCGAUACCGAGCUUCAUGACCGUUUGAUUCCGAUGUUUUCUGAAGCUGCUUCCGAUAAGACCGUGCUUGACUUGCAAGAGAUUCUUCAGAGGUUCGCUUUUGAUAACGUGUGCAAGAUAGCUUUCGGGUUUGACCCUGCCUGCUUGUUGCCUUCUUUACCACAGUCACGGUUUGCAGAGGCUUUUGAAGAUGCUACUAACUUAAGUAGCGAGAGGUUCCGUACUUUUCAUAAUAUAGCCUGGAAAAUCAAGCGAUUUUUCAAUAUUGGUUCCGAGAAAAGACUCAAAAUUGCAGUCUCUCAAGUCCGUGACUUUGCAAAGAAGAUUGUAAGAGAAAAGAAACAAGAACUAGCUGACAAGUCCUCUUUGGAAUCCGUUGAUCUCUUAUCAAGGUUCUUGCAAUCAGGCCAUUCAGACGAGAAUUUCGUUACGGAUAUAGUAAUCAGCUUCAUACUUGCUGGCCGUGACACGACAUCCGCGGCUUUGACAUGGUUUUUCUGGCUAGUGUAUAAACACCCUGAAGUUGAAAAAGAAAUUCUCAAAGAAAUCAAAGACAAAUCGGCCAUGCCAGUGUUUGAGGAAGUUAAAGAGAUGGUCUACACUCAUGCUUCUCUUUGUGAGUGCAUGAGACUGUACCCUCCAGUCCCUGCGGAUAGCAAACUGGCAAUGGACGACGACGUUUUACCGGACGGGACGGUGGUGAAGAAAGGAACGUUAAUGACGUAUCAUCCUUACGCGAUGGGAAGGAUGGAGAAAAUAUGGGGAUCGGAUUGGGAAGACUUUAAGCCAGAGAGAUGGUUGGAGAGAGAUGAGGCAGGGAAGUGGAGCUUUGUUGGGAGAGAUCCUUAUACUUAUCCAGUGUUCCAGGCAGGACCAAGGAUUUGCAUGGGGAAGGAGAUGGCUUUUUUGCAGAUGAAAAGGGUGGUGGCUGGUGUUCUAAGGCGGUUCAAGGUGGUGCCCGCGGUGGAGGAUGGGCUUCAGCCGGAGUUUCUUGUUUAUCUGACUUCUAAGAUGAAAGGCGGGUUCCCAGUCAGGGUUGAGGACAGGGGACAGCUCGAUUAGAUGAAAGAGGUCAAAGGAAUAUAUUAAUUCUUGAUGCGUAGUUCUAGAUGAUUAUUUCAUGUCAACGUGGCAUUUUACUUUCAAACAUUAAUAUAUUUGAUUAAAUUUGUAAAGUCCAAUGAUUACUGUUGGAUUAUAUGUUUUAUUCGUAGACA